GCCUCCCUCCCCGCCCGCCGCGCUCCCUCGGCUCCCGGCGCGGCGAUGUGGCGGUGGCGGUAUGUCAGCGACCGGCAGCUGGAUGGAUUCCGCCGGUACAAGUACAGUGCUGUGGAUACCAAUCCCUUAUCUGUGUAUAUUAUGCAACCCAUCUGGAACAAAAUUAUUAAGAUAGUGCCUUUGUGGAUUGCUCCCAACCUGUUAACAUUCUCUGGAUUUGUCAUGGUUUUAGUUACUUAUUUUCUAAUAUCUUUUUAUGACUGGGACUACACUGCCUCAGGUACCAGUCCUGGACGUGUUCCCACCUGGGUGUGGCUGUUCAGUGCUUUUACCACCUUUUGUGCUUAUGCUUUAGACUCCAUAGAUGGGAAACAUGCUCGAAGGACUCAGUCUAGUACUCCUCUGGGAGAAUUAUUUGACCAUGGACUGGAUAGCUGGGCUACCUCCAUUUUUGUGCUUUCUUUUUUUUCUCUCUGUUCCGGUGACAAGUCUGGAGUUUCUGUAUAUACAAUGUAUAUAUAUUUAAGCAUUGUCUUGUUUAACUUUAUGUGUUCACACUGGGAGAAAUAUAUUACAGGAGUUCUUUUUCUUCCUUGGGGAUACGAUAUAAGCCAAGUGGUAUUAAUUGCAGCAUAUCUGCUCACUGGUGUUUUUGGUGUGGAAGUCUGGCAGAAGCCUUUCCUGUUUGGUUACUACAUCAUAGACGCAUUAGUAAUCAUGCUUAUAGGCUUCAGUUUAUUACUUUCAUUGCCACAAACACUAUACAACAUUCACAGAGCACAUAUAAAGAAAACACUGAAGAAUGAUUCUUUGUAUGAAGGACUCCUACCUCUUGUGUCACCUCUGUUGCUCUUCAUUCUUCUUACAGUCUGGGUGUUUUUUUCUCCAGGAAACAUAUUAGUAAAGCAACCAAGGUUGUUUUUAUGGAUGGUUGGGGUUGCUUUCUCAAACGUUGUUUGCAAGGUGAUCAUCUGCCAGAUGAGCAGCACCCAGCCGGAGCUUUUCCACUGGUUCCUCUUCCCGCUGGCGCUGGUGGUCUAUACAGCCAUCUCCGGGCUACUGGGCUGGACAGAAGAAGUGGUGCUCGCUGUGUUCACCACGGCGAUCACGGCUGCCCACGUGCACUACGGGGUCUGCGUGGGGAAGCAGCUGAGUGAGCAUUUGAACAUUUACAUCUUUUCCCUGAAGAAACGUGUCCAAGAGUGAACACCUGCGCUAUAAUCAGACUGCAACACUUGAUGUGGAGAUUUGCAACUCUUCUGAUGUGAUAAAUAGUUGGAAUUAGUCUGAUUAAAAUAACCAAAGAAGAGAAUAGUUCAGAUAAAUGAACCACUUUGACAAUGAGCUAUGCAGUAAGAUGCUUCAUCUCAGAGGAAGAUUCCCGUCUAGCAGAGGUGUUUAUCAAGUCAUUCUGCCGCCGAUAUUUAUUCUCUUCACUAAUGCUGUGUUACUGCUCUCUCUGAAGAUUUUGUCUUCCUCCUCUUCACCACUGUGUCCAAAGUCCUGGUUAAAUCCAUGUCGGGUUAUGUGAGAUCCUUGAUGGUUUAUAAGCAGCACUGGCUUUGCCCAGCCUAGUUACCAGAGGGACCCCUGCAAUGCAAACCCUCCCUUAGACAUCUGUGCCUGCUCCACUUGCCAUAUUUAUUUUCUCACCACUCGUUUCUUCCAUACAGCCUCCUGAAGGGCUUACGCACAUUCACUGUUUUCCUCAUCUCAAAUAAGCGCAUGAAAAAAAAGAGAAUGAGUUCAGAUAGCGAUGGGUACAGUAAAGCAAUUUUGAAACAUAUGAUUUUUUUUUCCCCGGCAUUAAGAGGAGUCUUAGCUGACCUGUAUCUGUCAGAAAUGCAGGCUCCAUACAGCAGCAACUGGCCUUUUUACUUAUUUUCUAGGCAGUAACAAGUGCAUGGUUGAUAUUUCAGUAGGAAAACACAAUAUGCCCCACCUAGGUAAGCAGCUGAGAAUAAAUUUGGCCAACAAACCUUUAAAGAUUCUCAUAUUUCUUUGCAAAACUAGUCAGUCAAAUCUUAUCUGUGAGUGUGAAACGCUAAGCAAAUAAUUAUUUGUCUGCGUGCUUGAAACAAAUUCUUGUGGUUUUAGAUAAUGAUAAAAAAACGAGACAAAAAAAGCUUUUUUUUAGACAUUACACGUUUGCAUGCAGAUAUAAACUGCUCACUUCAUCUAUAAUAUAUGUAGGUUUUCUGCAUGCCUUGGAGGAAACUCAAAUUCUUACUCCUUCAUCUCUUUUGAUAUGCUGCCCUAACCAGAGGGGCUUUGUGGCCUUGAAGCACUAAUGCAACAAUCUGUCUGCUUUUCCUAAGGUAAUCUUUAUAUUGCAUUUCUUGCACAGAGGGAUGAGACUGUCUGAUUGGCAUGUUUAUUAACUAGUUAACUCUCUUGCUUGCCAGAAGCAGGGCAGAAGCGUAGUUGUGGAGCUGCUGAGCCUUAAGUUCACCCUUUCCAGUUCUUUGACCAUUUCUCUGGCUUUAUCACUGGCUUGAUAAUUUUUUCCAGUUAACAUACCCCUACAUCAUAAACCCCUAUUUUCAGCUGAGCACCAACUCAUCAUAUCUUCAUGAACAGCUUCAAUUUUGAGUUUGCAGGGCCUGUUACAGUUGCUGACCUACCGCAACAGCAGUAGGGCUGGUAUCUCCUGGCAGCCCUUACCGUGCGUACCAGGGGACAAGACUGCACACCAGCUUCCUCUCUUCACAAACCAGAAAUUCCACACCAGCUUAUAAAUCAUAGAAUGGUUUGGUUCAGAAGAGACCUUAAAGAUCAUCCAGUUCCAAACUCCCUGCUAUAAGCAGGGACACCUCCCAGCAGACCAAGCUGCCCAAGGCUCCAUCCAACCUGGCCUUGAACACUUCCAGUGUGGGGCAUCCACAGCUUCCCUGGGCAAACUGUGCCACUAUCUCACCUCACCACCCUCAUUGUGAAGAAUUUCUUCCUAAUGUCUAGUCUAAAUCUUCCCCCCUCCAAUCUGAAGCCAUAAAGUAUCUUAUUAUUUGAGACAUGUACGUUCCACUUACCAAACAAGCAUAUUAAGGGUCCCACCCCCAAAUGAACACCAUACUACGAUCAGUUCAAGCAGCUGAAGGCCUGGCUUCAGUGGAGGACACAGGUCAUCCUGUUCAAUGCUGGUUUGGAGACUUUGCUGCGCCUUGCAGUCUUGGGGCAGGGAGGUGGCUCCCACACCCUCUGGCACUGCUGUGGUCCAGCUCCAGGGCUGCAGCUGGAUCAACAAGAGGCAUCUCCCAGCCUUUGUCUCCACCGCAGAGUGGCCCAUGCCCCUGCCCCGCAUGAUGCCCAGGAAAUGUGGGGUCUCUGCUGAGGUGCUCACUACGCGCCCGAGGACUCUGUUUCUUAGGGCUGUUUAUUUAAUGAGAGAUGCUAAAAACGGCACUUCUGACUGAAGGGAAAUGUACAAGCUUGAUGUAGGCGUGCACCCAGCAAUCUCACUGUUUGAUGAGGUAUUAUAUCCAAUACCCGAUACACCGCCACAAAAGUCUCACCUAUUUCAACAGUUUGUAUUUAACCCAUCCAUCAAAAUUAUCUGGAGGAAGACCUGACGAGAAAAGAAUUAGAAUAAAAUAAACAAAAAUACCUCUGGAUUGGAUGCGGUUGUACUGGAGGAACAGUGUAGAUAGGCUUCCCUUUCGCCCUGUCUUGCACUUAUUUAUGAAACAGUUGGAAAUAAAGAGUCACAGAAGCAGCACAAUUCGAUGCACUGUAAUGGAGUAUUUUGAAAGAUUUCAUUAAAUUAAAUUAUAAAACUUGAACUGCCACCACCUGCCUGCACUUGUACCUUCCUGAAGACAAAUACAGUAUCACUUUUAAAGGAAAUUAAGCUCAUAACAGCUUUUUCACAUUUGAUUUGAAGACAUGGCAAAUUGUCUUCAUUUGCCUUUUUUAAAGCAACUUGUCUCUACAAUCUCUAUAAAGACCAAGAUAAAAAUGGAUUAUGCAUUGCACAGAGUAUAUAUUGAAUUGUUAGCCAUCUUAAAUGAUAACUGGUUCACUGAAUGGGGAAAAAAAAUCCUUUGUUUAUAGGGUGGUAGGAUAGCAGAUUUAUUUUGUGAAGUCAGAUAGUGGUAUGAAGAUGACCUAAGUUUUAUUUUUGGUCAUAACAUUGUGACAGAAAGUUUUCAACUAUUUGAAAUGGAAAAUAUCUUACUUCUUUCUUACACUGUUGAGCAUUUGCACUCGCCCAAAGACAUACCACCCUCUUAGUCUUACAAAAAGCAACUAAACUAGUGCUGCUCUCCUAGGUUUGAGUGCCUGGGUUGGAAAUGGGUUCCUCCGGUUCUAGUUUCACCUUCUAGCAGAAAGCUUCCUUAAGUGGGGCAGUGGUUCAGCUUUAGUCCCAUGGCUACCUGGAGGCAGCAAGGGGGCUUGGGCUGAUUUCUUUAAUGGUGGCACACAACCAGGGAGUCAUAGCAGAAACAAGUCUUGACUCAAGGCUUAAAUCUCUGGAGAUUAACAGCAACUACUGCAGCAACAUCGCUCGUGCUGCAGAAGAUAAGAACAGUGGCAAUUACAAUGAAGUUUCCCCUUUUUCUUUUAAAGAACUAGUAUUAUAAUCUAAAAUGUGGGUGGCUUUUAGGUUCUGCACUACAAGAUUCAUCCCUGAAUACUUGGCCAUUGCAAGAAAAGUCCACUGCGACCUUCAGUGCUUUUGCUCUUGUACUCUCCCUCACAUCCCACCUGCUAUAAGUUUUGCUUUUGCUGUAUCAAAACUGAUAUAGAGGAGAUUUAGCACUCUGAAAUUGAAAAGCAUUUACCAUAAAGAAGAAUGUUCUUACGUGCACAUGCAUACAGCUGCUGAGCUCUUGGGGAAACAAAUACUCCCUACACAUGUGGAAUAAGUGUUUUAUGAAAGUGGCUGCUUUUUUCUUCCUGCCCCCAUAUGCAGUCACUAAUGAAACAAAAGGAUGUACUUACACCAGAAAAGCAUUAUUUUAGAAUGUUUUGAAUAGUCUCUAGAGCUAGGCAGAUUUUAACAUAUAUUUUUUUAUUAAAUAUGUAAAAAGAUAAACGCAAGUCAAGUUAUUCACAUUUUCAGACAAAAAUCUACUCUACCAUGCGACAAUUUGUGGAUAAUGUAAAAUGACUGAUACAUCUGAAUAAGACUUCUUGUAUCUAUUAUGUCAUUACUUAUCUAUUUAUAAUUAACAAUACAUAUGUUUACAUUCCUUUCAGUUUACAUUUAAUAUAUAACCAAAGCUUUAUGGUGUGCUAUUUAGUAAAGGUAAUUACAUAACGCAUAUUAAAACCAUAACGGAAGAAUGGGUUACUCACAGGGGUUGGGGGGAGAAGGACAACUCUUUCCCCUUUCAGAGCAUCGCCUUCCCCUCAGCACAGCCAAACUUCUAUAGUGCCCAAGAGAUACCUUCCUGCUCCGGCUCCCUACAUCAGUCACUUGCCCCUGGAUACAAGCAGUGAGAGGGCUAUGGUUUUCCAACCAGAAAUGGGAUAAGGAAUUUUCAAGAAAUGAAGUUCAGCCUUUUAUAUUUUUUUUCCAUAUGCGCUUUAAAGAGAGAAAAGGAGAGAGGCACAAGCGCCUGGCUACGAACCCUCCCAGGAGCUCAGCAACCCAACCAUUUGCACCUUUAGAAAAACAUAUUCUCUUCAAAUGCUCUCCAUGCAUCUCCUCGAGUAUAAGCAGAAUGAACUGCAGUAAGCAGAGACUGGUACUGAAGAAAUUAAGUUUAUAGCCUGAUCCCAAACUCGUUGCGCCAUCAGAAAUCCCAAACAAGUUAAAAGGACAUUCUGGAGACUGGAAAAAAAUUAGUAACUGCUCUUCAGUUCAACAAUAUUAUGAAGAACUACUGUUUAUUACAAUGACAAUUGUAGUAAGUACAUAUGUUCUAAUAAACACAAAUACAAGAAAAAUGACAAUUCCCCCAUUUGUGGCAAUUCUCAGAAAUACUCAUUUUGAAAUAUACAGAUUUUUAUAAACCAGAUCUUAUUUGUAACCAAUUCAAACGGGAAGGUGCUGGCCUGGAGCUUGCAGCACUUUCACUUCAUCAAGUAAGAAGUGAGGUCAACGCUGGAGG